AUGGAGUCUUUUGCCUUUGGGGUAAGUGGACUCAAGAAACGGGGUGUGCCCGGCAAACCUCAGAUCUCAGGCUUUGAGCAUGCAGUGAAGGAGGGGGAAAAAGUCACCCUGACCUGCACCAGCACUGGCAGCAAACCCCCCGCCAAGUUGCGCUGGUACAAAGGAGACCAGCUGCUGGAAGGUGGUCCGGAGGUGGUGGAGCCUGUUGAAGACAACCCCACAUACAAUGUGAGCAGCGAGCUCACCCUGGAGGUGAGCGCCAGCGAUGACAACACGCUCAUCGCCUGCGCCGUCAACCACCCCUCUCUUGCUCCGGGGGACAAGAGGAGCGAGCAUGCUCUGCGGGUGUUGUAUUCCCCGAACGUGCAGAUACAGCCUGAAAGCGAUCUGCCUAGAGAGGGGGAGAAGUUCUCUCUUCGGUGUUUGGGCAACGGGAACCCCGAGCCCACUAACUACGUAUGGGACAAGAAAGAUGGAGAGCUCCCCUUACUGGCCAAACCCGACGGUGCUGUCCUGAAUUUCCUGACGCUCAACAAAUCAGAUAAUGGCGUCUACGUGUGCCAUGCUGACAACGGCAUUGGAAACAGCCAGGGGGAGUACACACUCUUGGUGCAAGAUCCCAUGAAUCCAGUCACCCCAGACGCCACCUUUCCCUCACUUGGUUCUUCAUUUUUUCCUCCCUCUUCCUCUCUCCCAUCUUCCUCUUCUCCUGACAGCUUCUUCGGCUCUGGCUCUGAUUCCACUUACUCUUACUCCUUUUCGCCUUCUGACCUCAUCAUCUCUUCCUCCUCCUCCUCCUCCUCCUCCCCCCCCUCCCCUUCAUCAGCUCAUGUGUCAACCACCAUGUCUGAAUCCUCCACCACGACCCUCUCCAACGCCCUCUUCCCUGACCUGCCUUUCUCUCCUGACUACUCUUCCCCCCACCCCCCCUUAUCAACUUCUUCAACUCCUCCCUCCACCCACUCUUCAAGCAUUACUCCCGCCACUGCCGCUCCCUCCUACUCAUCCCCUGCCUCCUCCCUUACGCCCCCAGUUUCAGUCCAGCAGAAUGGAGUAAACACGUUCACAGAUGAAGCAGGCAACGUUGCAGACCCCACAGCCAUGUCGACGACUUCGGGGAUGGACCACGCUGUGAUCGGAGGGGUGGUGGCUGUCAUCGUCUUUAUCCUCCUGUGCCUCCUCAUCGUCCUCGGCAGAUACCUCAUCAGACACAAAGGAACGUAUCUGACCCACGAGGCCAAGGGCUCAGAUGACGCCCCGGAUGCCGACACGGCCAUCAUCAACGCAGAGGGAGGUCACUCCGGAGCAGAGGACAAGAAGGAAUACUUUAUCUAGAUAGAGAACAGAGCAGUGGAGGAAAGGAGCGGGAGGAGGCGGAGAAAAAGUUGGAGGACAUGGAUUAGAGGAGAGGGGAAGAGUGAAGGAAAGGAAACCUCGAUUUGUUUUCACGAUGCUUCAGUUCUUCACUCUGUUGGAGGGAUGGUAGGAUGGGAAUGGAGGGAAAGAACUCUGGGCAGGAUAAAGCGCUGAGUUGAGCUUCAACUGGUACUACCCUCUUUGCAUUGAUACAGGGAAGUGAGAUUUUGCACUGACAUACGGAUGAACUAAUGUCACACUCAAACACACACACACACACACGAACAUGCGGCAUACACGUGUCAGUUAAGGGGUAAAUCUGUUGUCACACAGACGCGAAUGCUCAUAGAUGCUCAGAAUAACAAACAGGAGCCUCCUACUAACACGCAUCUGAAUUCCGACGCAUUAACACAUUUUCACACAAGCAUCGCGUCCUAUUUUGAACUGUCAGCGCCGCGAAAAAUCAAAAUUGUAAGUCACAUUCCAACAUGUCGAGCUGAUAUUCCACCUCUCAAACCCGUCUUCUCCAUAUUUAAUCCAAACCAGGUCUGUCUUUUCACUUUUUUUUUUCUCCCUCGUUCUCUACAUCUAACAAGGCAGAAUCCCUCUAUAAGCCUCCUUGCGACAGAGAAAUCCAUCUAAAGAAAAUUAUUACUGACAAACAUAAUCUCCCUCUCUCACAGUUUAAUCUUUUUAUGCCAUCAAACCUCUUCCUACUUCCUCACAAACCCUGGUAUGAGCCAUCAGGUUUUCCACAAUGCACCGCCACAAAACAUGCAACACUCAUGCAAAAACAGCAUUCCCACCUUGUGCUACCAAGCCAAGGGGCUCCAGUAUACAUAUAUAAAUAUAUAUAUAUAUAUAGAAUUAUAUAGCAUUCUUUUUACUUGACAGAAAGCGUUUGGUGUGCUGUAAAUACACUCUCUCUCUGUCCUGUUUCUACCUUCUGUCUCUCCUCCUUCUGUCCCUCUUUCUCCUUACAGCUCCCUCUCUCCUGUAACUCAUACAGUCUGUUACUGCAUUACAGUAACUUAUAUACUCAAAAAAAAAAAAAAAGCCUGCCUGUUUUUAUUACAUGCGUGGAAAUGCAGAGUUCAAAAUAUCAAUAUCUGGGGAAAAAAAUGGAAAAAUAACAACAACGAUGUUGCGAUGAAGACUAACAGUAACUGCAAAUAUUUGUAUAUUCUGAUUUUCUUUGAUCUUUUAUUCUUUUUCUGUUUUUUUUUGGGACUCGUGAGAGGUUUUCUCUCGUCAGUGUCUCGGUGUAUUACUGUCAGUGUUAACAGUUUACAGUGUUUGUCAGUUUGUCAGCCCAGGAGUCCAUAAAUCUAAUUUCCCAUUUGUUUUUUGAUUUUAAUGUUCAGGUUUUCAACACUGCUGAUUUAUUUAAUCUUUGUGUGUGUGUGUGUGUGUAUACCACAUUCAGUGUUGCUAUUUUCUCCCUGCUUUGUUGGCCUUCUGCUCCCAAACGCUAAUCAGCAGCAGAACUUUGGUCAAGAGCUUCGAGAGGUGACAAGUUAGUGAUGGAGUUUAACUCGAGUACUGCUGCCUGGUGUUUGCACUUAUGGACCGCUGUGGCUUUCCUUCCACUCGGCCCCGCUGAACCCACUGCUCACCUUCGCCGUUUUUCUCCCUGCAGCAGACUGCUUGUCUUGGCGAGGCCACCUGGCACUAAAUUCAUUGAGUAGUGACAUCAUGACUUCCUCUAAGAAGCUAGCGCAUUUGCCGCUUUGGGAGGUGAAAAUGCUCGCUUGCUUUUCACUACAGGGUCAAAUAGGACUGCCUACAUGCAUUAUGACAAACUUCCUGGCAAAAACCCUUCUGUUACAGCUUUUAUUUUUUCCUUUUCCUGUAUGUGUGUUAUUGCAAGCAGGAAUCAUUAACCAGUUUAGCAAAAGGUUCCCAUAAAUGCACAGUGUUUUAUUAAGGUUGGAAGUUCGCCUUGGCAUGGGAAGCUCCACUUGGCCCGGUCAUGGAAAUUGAUUGCAAUCUAACUAAGAGGCUCUGGGCUCCAGACUGUACGCAUGCCAAGUUUUGGUUUGGUGGGCAGGGGGCCAAGUCUGGGCGGCACUAACGCUGAAGAAAGUCAUUUAGUAACUUAAAUGUUCUCUUCUUCCCCCCCCUCUGCUCUGCCCGUCCAUUCCUCGCAUUCUUUAAUCAAUCAUCCCGUCUGCGUCCUGAUCCACCUUCACCCCGUGUCUCCUCUUCUCAUCACUCCAUCUCCAAUUGAUGUCCGAGUCUCCUUGCUUGCCUCUCAUCCACGAGUCCAUGUAGACGUACAGUAGAAGUAGCGUCUGUAGCUUUGCCGGCGUGUGCUGAUGGCUCUUUGCAGCACUAUUUGGGAAUGUUUUGGAGAGGCAGCCACUUGCUGUUGUUUUCAGUCUACCUGUAGACAGUUAUGUCUUUGAUAGUUUUUGUACACCUUUAAUGGGAAUGUUCAGGGAAUGUGGUUCACAUUCCUUUCCCCACAUUGUUGUUAACUGCUACCUAGCUGGCUUCUUUGUGAGAAAGUAGCCCAACUAGUAUGUCUAUAAGCUAGCUAUUCUAUAAAGGGUAAAGUGACUUGAAGCAGGGCCAGCUGUUUUUUCUUGAUUUUUUUUCCCUUCUUCUUCUUCUUCUUCUUCUUAGAGCUCUCGGUUGGAAUAUUUAGUGACUAUGUUGAUGGUGUAGUAAACCAGGGUUAAACAGUGCUUGGAUUGUGUUUGGGUGUGCACUGUUUAUCUGAUGUUUGCUCUACAACACUCUUCUGGUAACAUUUCCCUGCUAUCAUGGCUGCAGAUCAGAGGAUUGGCUCUGUCUCACAGAGCUUGUUGUCCACUUUGAAGAUGUUAUCAUUGAUUUGUAUUUAACCCCAGACUAGUUCUGCUCCGUGAAUGGAGAAAGGAAUAUCUGACUCAUACUCACCAAAGUGCAGUGUGUUUUAAAAACUAAUGGACCUGUAUUUGCCUGUAAUUUAUUGUCCUGUCCUUCGUCUUAGUUAGUGUGCUAGCAUGUAGCUUGCAUGAGAAAUGGUUGGAAAGUGUAGAUAGCGUUGGAGAUGAGCAGCGAUGGCAAGUUCGUCUCCUGAGACGAGAGCGGCGGUCGGCCCGGCUGACCUCCCUGCUUUUCUCUGAUCUGCAGACAUGUCCCGGUUAAAUCUGUCUGCACCUCCUCAACACAGUAAAAAAAAAACAGUGAAGCAACUGACAAAGCAGGACUCAUUCUGCCUCUUCCUACCACUGCUGUAUCAAAACCGUGUAGGGGUAUAGUGUUGAAUUGAGAUGUGCACUCAUGUCUAAUUACAUUUCAAUGCAUCAGUGCAGUAAUGAUUGACUGUCACCAGAUGCCAGCAAACAACGGCUUUUCUUCUCCCUCUUCAGUCGGUACGAGCUGUCCUGCCCUUCCACUCGACUCACCACCUCCUCAUUAGGCAGCCGCACACUAGCUGCCGAUCAUCUCUUUUCUUCUUGUAGCCAAUUAAUUUUUAAAUUAUGUUUUGUAAAAGGUGUGCAUAUUCUCAUUGUUUCGUUAUAAUUGAUAAUCAUUUUUUUGUCCCUUUUAUUGAAAUUAGAUGUUCCAAAACUUGAAGGUUAGACAUUUAGUUUUUGCAUAUUUUAUUGUUUCAACAACAAUUUUUAAUUAAUUUCAUGUAUAUAGUGUUGCCUUUUACUGGAUACUCUUACGAGUGCACCCCUAUACCCUACACACUUUGCACAUACACUUUGGGUACAAUACACAUCCACACACAUAUUUGCAUAUACACAGCAGGCUUGAUGUCUGUUACUAUGGUGUAUUUGUGUGUGUGUGUGUGUAUGUGUGUUUGUGUAUGAGUGUGAAGUGUGUAUUUAUUGACCCAGACAAACUCCAGAUUCACUCUCAUGUGUGUUACAUUCACCAAAAUGUUCUUAUUUCAGUAACUAAAACAACGUCUUUGUUCUUAUCGUUAUUAUUUUGAAUGAAAAGUCUUCCUUUUGAAUAAAUAUUCAUAUCACACGGGAGUAGUGCUGUCAUGUAUGUUAAUUUGUACUAUGGCUGAUGAUGUCAUCAAGGUGAGGCCCGACCGCAUGCUGUGGUGGGUUUUGCAUCCGUUGGCUGUUACGUUCAUGAAGUAUUUGUUUUUUAGGGUUUUUUUUGUUUGUUUUUUUUUGUUAAAAUACCAGUUUGGUUGUUGACUUCAAUAAACAUGCAUUUGGGUUAA